UACUCUCUCUCUCUCUCUCUCUCUCUCUCUCUCUCUCUCCACCUUUUCACAUUUUCCUUCCUUCAAAUUCCAUUCUUUCCCUCCCCCAAUUUCCUUAAUUUGGAUUUUUGACACUAAAAUGUAAUCUUUCUGGGUAGAGCUUCCCAAUUGCAAUUUCUAAUUUCAAAUUAUUGAAGGGUAAAAAGAUUGAAAGAGUGAAUUUCACAGGAAUGGGAUGUUUAAUGGGUUCUAGGUUAUGAAAAUUAGAAAACUUUGGGCCGUUUUUGGGUUUGUUACAUGGAGAAUUCUGGGUUUUUAUUCUAAAACUGUAGAGCUUGAGGGGUUUAGUUGGUUAAUUUGGGUGGAUGGGAUUUUACCCUCAUUCCAAGUAACCCAAUUUUUGAGCAAGGGAGGUCUGGAUUUUAUAAUCAUUUCAAUGCUGCUAGGUAUUACUGUUUUUCACAGCUGUUUGUUUCUCGGGAUUGAAAAUUGGUACAUUGAUUAGCUGUGUUAUGCAAUAUGUUUAUUUCUAUGAUUUGGACUAUAUGUUGUUUGGGUUCUUAUUCGUGUGUUUUUUGCUUUUGUUUUGGUUCUCUUUUGUGAAUGAAAUUCUCCCAGAUAGAUAGUUAAACGAGUACACCAUCCAUAUACUGUUUCAGUAUCUAAAUAUUCGAGGAACUCUGUGUCAUGUUUAUUUGGCCUGCUUGGCAUCAUCAUCACCCUCUUGAUAAAUCAUGCUGAAAUCUUCUCUUGCCUGUCUCUGUUACAAAUUUUUACAAUAUGAUGACCCCAUGUUUGAAAAUCAUUGACUUUGCAAGCCCUUGAAUCCAUCAUACCUCAUGGCACAGAUUCAUUCGAAAUUCUUUCUCUACAACCUCGUUUGGCCUCUCAUGUUUCCGCCUUUCCCUAUCUGUAUUCUUUCUUCUUUCAAUGCUUCUGGCUACUGUGGUUUCUUCACAGUUGUCCUGCAAGCUUGUUUUUCUAGAUAUAUAAGAUGCCGAAAACAAGGGAAAAUGCUACCGGAGAUGCACCUGAAAGGCCCGUAGAAUCUGAGGAGCGGGUGGACUUUGAUGGAGAUAACGAUCAGGAUGAAACAAUAGAAGAAGAGGUUGAGUAUGAAGAAGUAGAGGUAGAGGAGGAGGUGGAAGAAGAGGAAGAGGAAGAGGAAGAUGAAGAUCCAGAAGAGGAGGAAGAGGAAGAAAAAAAGGGAGGUGAUAUAGAAUCUAAUGGGAAAAAAAGCGCAGAUGGUGAUGAAGAGAUGAAACUUGCAGACACAGAAGAUGAAGAGGAUAAAAAGAAACAUGCGGAGCUUCUUGUACUCCCUCAGCAUGGAUCAGAGGUAUAUCUUGGCGGUAUUCCUCAUGAUGCAUCUGAAGAGGAUUUAAGGGGCUUUUGUGAAUCUAUUGGAGAAGUGACUGAGGUUAGAAUAAUGAAGGGAAAAGAUUCGGGUGAGGCUAAAGGUUAUGCUUUUAUAACCUUCAAAAACAAGGAACUAGCUUCUAAGGCAAUAGAGGAACUGAAUAACUCUCAAUUAAAGGGAAAAAAGAUCAAGUGUUCAACAUCGCAAGCCAAGCAUCGUCUGUUCAUCGGAAAUGUUCCCAGACAUUGGGGAGAGGAAGAUAUGAAAAAGGCUGUGACAGAUAUAGGGCCAGGAGUUAUCACUGUGGAACUGUUGAAGGAACCACAGAACUCCAGUCGGAACCGUGGAUUUGCUUUCAUCGAGUAUUAUAAUCAUGCAUGUGCAGACUACUCUAGACAAAAGAUGUCAACCUCAAAGUUCAAGCUUGAUACCAAUGCCCCAACUGUGAGUUGGGCGGAUCCCAAGAAUGCAGAAUCCUCUGCUUCCUCUCAGGUUAAGGCAGUGUAUGUCAAGAAUCUACCAAAAGACAUCACUCAGGAUGAUCUAAAAGCGCUUUUUGACCAUCAUGGAAAGAUCACAAAGGUCGUUGUCCCGCCUGCAAAAGCAGGACAGGAAAAGAGCAGAUUUGGUUUUGUGCACUUUGCAGACAGGGCCAGUGCCAUGAAGGCAUUGCAGAACACUGAAAAAUAUGAAAUUGGUGGUCAAGUUUUGGAGUGUUCUUUGGCAAAGCCACAAGCAGAUCAGAAAUCUUCUGGUGCAUCAAAUCAUCACAAGUCAGCCCCAUUUCCAACCUACCCACCACAUAUUGGUUAUGGCAUGGUAGGGGGUGGUCCGUUUGGUGCCAUGGGUGCUGGAUAUGGUGGUGGUGCAGGAUUUGCACAACCACUGAUCUAUGGGAGGGGACCUACACCUGCUGGUAUGGCCAUGAUGCCUAUGCUUUUGCCGGAUGGAAGAAUUGGAUAUGUCUUGCAGCAGCCUGGAUUACAACCACAUGCCCCUCCACCGCAGCCCCGAGGUGGAAGAAGUGGUGGCACCUCAAGUGGUGGAAGGCGCAGCAAUGAUAGCAACCGUGGCCGUAAUCGAUACAACCCAUAUUAACGAAGUCUUGUUUCUUGCUGGGAACGAGAAGGGAGAAGGGACAGCGUCUGGACUAAACUAUUAUUAAUUUGGGGCCUGGGAGCUAUGUAGGCAUGUGGAGCUGUGUAGUUCAAAUGUAGCCAGUUCUGUAAAAGAAUAUUGCUAGGAACUGAUCCCCUUGUAAUUUGCCUAAACUAAAUUAAGCUUAGUCUUACUGUGGAAUUGAUGGAUUGAUGGCUGAUUUAAAUCAUGUCAACACUUUGCUUGAGAAGGGUCGGAUUUAAGUUCAGUCGAGGGUUAAGCAGUAUAAUCAUUACGGUGAAAAUAAUUAAUCUUAUAAAAUUUCAGUAAUUUAGAUCAUUAUUAUCGC